AUUAAACACGCACCAAAAGUGAUCAUCCUUACUCCCGUCUUCAAUUAUUUUGUCUAUAUAGUCCGCUUCCUCCGUGCACUCCUCACCAUUUGACUGUGUAUCUCUCUCUCUCUCUCUCUAUCUCACACACUCACGCACUAGCAUCACUCCUUUGUUUCCUCUUUCAGCUCACCACUGCCUUUUUUUAUUGGGUAUUCAUCACUUCCUUUGUUCAAUCUUUUGGUGGUUCUUGUUUCUCCUGCUCUUCAAGGAUAAGCAUUUUGGAUCUUUGUCUUCUGAUUUGUAUCACUGUAAGUACUUCUGAAUUCUGUGAUUGUUGGUUUGUGUUUCCGACCAUUAAUGUUUUCUGGGUUUUUUUUUCUUCUUGUGCCUGAAUUGAUUUGUGGGAUGUGAAUUUGAGCUUUGAUUCUUUGUGGGAUUUAUGGAUUUUUUGAUGGGUCUGUAAAUUUUUAGUACAGGAUUGUGAAAGUUUCUUAAUUUGCUUAGUAGAUUUUAAGUCAGAUUAGGACAAUCAACUUUCGGUGGUAGUGGGUCUUUUAAUGUUUGUAGUUAUUGUUUCUGUAAAAGAAAGGUGAGGAAGUAAAGUGCUCAUUUAACAUUUCAAGAUUGUAUCUUUCGAUAAUUGAAUGCUGAAACCACAAUUAUAGAAGCCUGUUGUUGUCCUUUCUUUCAGUGGAUUUGCUUUUUUGCAAUAUUUGCUCAAUUAUAGAUGACAACUCCAUGAAUUUGUGUGCUGCUGAAUUGAAUAGCCUUCACUCUCGCUGUCUAUUGAUCCGUAUUUCAUUCGUCUUAAUUGUUGAACAGGACUAUUGAAUUGAGUUAGAAUAUAGAAGAGUUUUUGAAAACAACCGUGGCGAUCGAGUUUUGUGAAGGACAGUAUGCGGUGGUAUAGUUUAUCUGUUGACGUAUUUCGGAAAGUCAUCUCCUUGAACUUGUACUGCCGUGUGAUUCUGUAAACUAGCCCAAUCCAUUUUAGCAACCAUACCAUAAAUCUUUUUCUUCUUUUACCUCCAAAUAUUACAAGAUCUACCUUUAAGCUAUUUUCCAUGGGAUCCACUCGCUUUGUUGUCAUUCCCUGCUACGUCCGCAGGAUUAGCUGAAUCUUCCUUCAAUUCUAGCUUCUUCCAUAGUAUCAUCAACAUUGUGCCAUAGUAGAGUUUAAUUAGCCCCAUCAUUUUUACGAAACUUCCUUAUAUUGUCUUAAGAUCUAUCCUCUGCUGUUCGUAUCAGUUUCUAGUAGUUUGUUGUCAGUUGUGAGGUUUCUGCUACUUAGGUUGUCCCUGUCAUUUUCUGUUGGAAUAGUUCCAAAGUUUUCAUUGGAAGGCCACAAGAAAUCGUUACCUGUUGUGCUGCGUUGUCUGAUCGUUUUCUGCUGGAAGAUUAAGGUGUUAUUUGGGAAAAAAGGGUCGGGAAGAAGUAGUUAUGGUGUGCCAAGCAGCAAGUCAAACAAGAUUCCGGGCAUUGAAGCACGAAAAUGGAGUUGCUGGGAGCGCCACCAUAAUAGUUAGAGUAAUAGCAUGCUUUCAACCACUUCAGGAUUGCCAGGCUGAAUACUUCCGCCAUUUGCUCAAGCCUGUGACGUAGAUAUAUUUCCUAGCUCAGCGUUCAAAUUAAGCAGAAUCUCCUUUUAUUUUCCUUUUUUCAGUUUUUUUCAUCAUUCAUCAAAGACUCAACAGAAGCCAUCUGAUAUCUUAGUAUUACAGUUCUAGAAACUGGUGAUUUUUGUGGUUGAAUGGAGAAGGACAUCAGUUCCUGGUUCCAUGUCCAGCAAUUGGAACGGCAGUUGCCUAACCUGAAUUGCCUGGGUGCUCCACUUGAAGUAGGGCAGGGGAAUCCUCUUCCUUCUUAUAUGAAUCCCUACUUGAAUGAGCUCUCUAUCAAUGGGACUCCUCCGAAAUUCACAUUUUCUGGUCUGCCUCACCUGAAGGCAUGUGAACCAACCCAACCAUGUAAUUGGUUUAACAGUCUGCCCCAUUAUCCGCAAGCUUUUACUCAUGGAGUGAACUCCUUAUAUAAGGAAAAGCUUUCUUCUGAGCCUAUUGAGAAGUGUGGUAGAACUGGACUUUCUAAUCCCGGGACACAGAAAAAGUUCCUUGUGUUUGAUCAGUCUGGAGAUCAAACAACCUUAAUUUACAGUUCUGGACUAGGGGCUCCUGUGCAAUGCCUGACUUCUUGGAAUGCAAAACCCCCUGCUGCAAAUGAUCCAGUUAAGGAAGAUGUUGGAACUAAAAGAUUCAUGUUUCCUCAUUCUGCACCUUUUGGAACAAAUGGAUAUAACGAGGAUAACCAAGGAGAUGAAACCGAGAGCCAGAUGCGUGAAGAUACUGAAGAACUUAAUGCAUUACUCUACUCUGAUGAUGAGAGCGAAAGUUCAGAGGAUGAUGAGGUGACAAGUACAGGUCAUUCUCCAAGUACUAUGACUGAACAUGGUGUUCAGGAUGGGUAUGGAGAUAGUGAAGAGGUUGCCAGUUCUGCAAGUCCAAUUAAGAAGCGAAAACUUUUGAAUGGAGAUUUUGAUGUAAGGUCUCCUACAAAUGUUCCAAGCUCUGAGAAACCAUAUAAAUACUCUGAGUUGGAGGAUGAUGCAGAGUCAAGUUGUGGCAAUUUUGAUGAUCAAGGUUCUGAAGAAUCAGAUUCUUUGUCUGGCAAGAAAAGAUCAAGAAAAGAGAAAAUCCGUGAGACUGUUAGCAUUCUUCGGAGCAUAAUCCCGGGCGGGAAGGGAAAGGAUGCAAUGGUGGUUUUUGAUGAAGCCAUCCAUUACUUGAAGUCGUUGAAGGUCAAAGCCAAGUCCCUGGGACUUGAUGCCCUCUAAAAAUACCUUGCUCAAAGGCAGUUGGUGCGGGGUACUAUUAAUUAUGUCGUGAUGGCCUCUUUUAGCUUUGUUUUAUGCUGUAUUAUUAUUCUUAGCGGUUUCUAUUAAAGGUGUUAUUGGAGAAGAAUAUCAAGAAUAAGGGAACAUCAUAGAUCAAUCCAGUUUUAUCAAAGUGGGGUUUUUGAUGGGAGGUAAAGAUUAGAUAUCCUGAUAUUUUGGUACAAGUGCAAGAUUUGAAGUCACAAAAAGGGGGAUGCAUGCUGCUGCUGUAGCUGCUGCUGCUCUGCUUGAACAACCACCACUCUUGGAAGAAGUCAUAUUUCAAUGAUUGAGUUCAGGAAACCAGUAGGUUUGGUUUCUUUCAAAUCCAUGUAUUUAUGUCUCUCUCGUGCCAAUGGAGAAAGAGAAAGAUGAGAAGGCAUCAUCAAAGCUGGCUUGGAUAUAUCAUGCUUCUAUAAAAGGGUUUGGAGAGAAAAAUCAUGAAAGUUGGUAUCUUGACACAUAAGAGUGAAAAGUAGACAUGCCUCCAUUGCCAAAAUGGCUCUCUUUUGUUUUCUCCCCUUGCGCAUGAAGAAUCAAGCCUGGUGUGAAGUAGUAGACUUAUAAUAGUUAUAACACCAUUUUCUUUCUUCUUCUUUGGGAGUAGGGCCCCAAGAAAGUGAGAUUGCACGCCUGGUGGGUGAACUUGGGUCCCAACCUUCACUUUCUUGGCCUUUUUUGUGACCUUGUCACCAUCAAUAUUUGUUGUGGGUUUUUUUUCUUUCUGCAUCUUAUCUGGUGAAGGCAACUGUUUGUGGUGGUGUGCUUUCUGGCUUCUGCCAUUGCCAUAGUAGCUUUCUUUGUUUCUUCUUGGCUGGCUUUCAAUCAAGUGUUUUGUUUGAAGAAGAAGCAGCUAGCUGUUUGAACAUAUCAAUGGAGGACCACUUUCUUCUCCUUCCUCCCUCCCUUCACAUGAAGAAGAUCUUGUAAAAGCCUCUGAUUAUUCACAUGUCAGUUCAGGGAAAAACAAAAAAAACUCUGCAGCUCCCUUUUCUAGUACUGGUUUGUUCUGUUAUGCCUGUAAUUUUUAAGUAUUUUACCUUUGAUGAAUAUUGUAUAAUUAUUAUUCCUCAGUGUUUUGACUUUUUUGUAAUGCUAUCAUAUACUAUAUGUAUUGUUGUAUAAAACGUUCUGAGGCUAUCAUAUCAUCUACUAUCACGUUUGGUUUUCUAAGUGUGUCGUGUAAUACCAUCUUUAAUUGUUGUGCUUAUGCUGC